GCUGCCGCGGAUCAGAUCCACAGAGGGGCCGAGGCGCACGGAACCCUGCUCGGUGUCUCGCUCUUCUUUUUUUUUGUUGUUGAUAUAAAUAUCUUGUUAUUGUCGACAAGUUUUUAAACCUUUUAUCCCAAGAGUGUCCAGUGAAAGGCAAGCUGCGGGUUUCGGAUAAUUAGUUGUUUUCCGAGUUUGGACAGAGGUCGUUCACUGCGCGCAACAACUGCUGCGUGUGGAUUAAUCCGUGUGUUGUUCAGGACACCGUCUCACUGCGCGUAACACAGGAUUCAUCUGAAAGUUUGGACAGCUGUGAACGCACACUUCUCUUGUCUUUGAGGUAUGCCUGUGGACAUCAGCGCGUCCCCGGACAGGUAACCAGGUGCGUCGCUGCUGUCAUGGCCUCGCCGACCCUGCGGCUGUUUCCUGUCGCCGCGGUCGCAGUCCUGGUGGCACUGGUGUCGUCUUCAGGGGACCAUGAGUGGCACUUUAACCCAGGUCAGUGUCGCUACGCCCUCGGGAUGGAGGAUGGCACCAUCCCAGACGCUGACAUCACUGCCUCCAGCGCCUGGUCUGACUCCACCGAGGCCAAGCACGGAAGGUUGAGUACUGGAGAGGGGGAUGGAGCGUGGUGUCCUGCAGGAGCCGUUUUCCCCAGUGCAUCAGAAUACCUUCAGGUCGACCUGCACAAACUUCACUUCCUGGCUCUCGUUGGUACCCAGGGUCGCCAUGCAGGAGGGCACGGCCAGGAGUUCGCCCGCAGUUAUCGGCUCCACUAUUCCCGAGACGGAGUGAAAUGGAUCACCUGGAAGGACCGCUGGGGCCGAGAAGUGGUGUCGGGGAAUGAGAACACCUAUGAUGUUGUGCUGAAAGACCUGGGCCCUGCCAUAGUGGCCCGCAUGGUGCGCUUCUACCCCCUGGCUGACCGGGUUAUGAGUGUUUGCCUCCGGGUGGAGCUCUAUGGUUGUGUGUGGAACGACGGGUUGAAGGCUUACGCGGCUCCAGUGGGUCACAUCAUGCACCUCUCCGGCAUGCCUGUCUAUCUGAACGACUCCACCUACGACGGGAGCACUGAGCAAGGGAUGCAGUUUGGAGGCCUGGGACAGCUGUGCGACGGCGUCCUGGGAGGAGACGACUUCAUGCAAACUAAAGAGCUGAGGGUGUGGCCUGGGUACGACUACCUGGGCUGGAGCCGGGAUGCCCUUGGGCAAGGCAGCGUGGAUAUCGAGUUCCACUUUGAGAAACCGCGAGUCUUCCUCAACAUGCAGGUGCACAGCAACAACCGGCACACUCAGGGCGUGCGAGUCUUCAGUAAAGUGGAGUGUCUCUUUAAGCCCGGCAUCCUGCAGCCCUGGUCCCCUGCACUCACUCUGCCUGUGCCCCUCGAGGAUCUCAAGGACCCCUCCUCACGACCCAUCUCCCUCCCUCUGGGCGGCCGGCCGGCUCAGAUCCUCCGCUGUAAAUUCUACUUCGCCGACCACUGGCUGCUCAUCAGCGAGAUAUCCUUCCUCUCUGAGCCGCUUGAGGAGGAUGUCACGGAGACGGAUUCACUUCCUUCUCAUCUUCCCAAGAUUCCUGCCAUCAGCUCCUCGGCUCCACCCGUCAACCACACCUCCUCCUCUCCCACCUCCAUCCACAGCUCCUCCAACACCACCGCCGGCCCAUCUGAACCCCCCCCCACCGCCUCCUACACGACGGACACCACCGGUAACUGGACGCUGUCAGAUGCAGAAUAUGGCGGGAACACUCCCAGGGCGGGGCUUCCUGUCGCCAAGGACGACAGCAGUAACACAGCUAUCCUGAUUGGCUGCCUGGUGGGCAUCAUCCUUCUGCUGCUGGCUGUGAUCGCUGUCAUUCUGUGGAGGCAGUACUGGAAAAAGAUACUGGGCAAGGCCCAGGGUAGUCUGUCCAGCGAUGAGCUGCGGGUUCACCUGUCGGUCCCCUCGGACAACGUGGUCAUCAACAACACGCACAGCUACUCGAGCCGCUACCAGCGCAUCCACACUUUCCCCGACGACCGCGACCACGACAGAGAGGGAGAAGGAGAGUACCAGGAGCCCAGCGCUCUGCUGCGGCCAAGAGAUCACAACAGCCCAGCCUCGCUGUUAAACAACCCGGCCUAUCACCUGCUCCUGUCAGAUCACAGCAAAGGCUCGAGACCUCUAGUCGUCCCCAGCACCGCUCAGGCUCAGGAAAAGCGCCUCAAUGUGCCGCAGGCCUGUGGUUUGGACAUGGACAUGGAGAAGGGUUUCCCCCCGGCUCAGGAGGAGCCUCCUCCCUACCCCGGCUCCCCUCCUUACCCCUCCCUGUCUCCCCCCGUGUCUCCUCCGCUGCCUCCCAGCGUUCCUCAUUACGCUGAGGCAGACAUCGUGAGCCUGCAGGGUGUCAGCGGUAACAACACCUACGCCGUGCCCGCCUUGGCCUCCUCCAGCCCCGGGGCAGACGCCACCCCGCUGCCGGAGCUGCCGCGCCAGUUUCUCAUCUUCAAGGAGAAGCUGGGAGAAGGACAGUUCGGAGAGGUGCACCUGUGUGAAAUCGAGAACCCUCAGGACCUUCCCAACCUGGAGUUCCCCUUCAAUGUGAGAAAAGGUCGCCCUCUGCUGGUAGCAGUGAAGAUCCUGCGCCCGGACGCCUCCAAGAAUGCCAGGAACGACUUCCUGAAAGAGGUGAAGAUCCUGUCUCGCCUGAAGGACCCGAACAUCAUCCGUCUGCUGGGAGUGUGUGUGAGCAGCGACCCCCUCUGUAUGGUCACGGAGUACAUGGAGUGUGGAGAUCUGAACCAGUAUCUGUCCCACCGAGUGCUUCUGGACAAAACGGGGCCGACACACAAUACUCCGACCAUCAGUGUCCCCCCCCCCAGUUACCCGGCCCUCAUCUCCAUGGCCAGUCAGAUUGCGUCAGGAAUGAAGUUCCUCUCCUCCCUGAACUUUGUGCACCGGGAUCUGGCCACGCGAAACUGCCUGGUCGGGGGUGAGAAGGGUGAGAGCGACGAUGAUCGGGGCGGUGAGCGGCACAUCAAGAUAGCCGACUUUGGCAUGAGCAGGAACUUGUACUCUGGAGACUACUACAGGAUCCAGGGCAGAGCGGUGCUGCCCAUACGCUGGAUGGCCUGGGAGUGUAUACUCAUGGGGAAGUUCACCACGGCCAGCGACGUGUGGGCGUUCGGAGUCACUCUGUGGGAGAUGCUGAGCGUCUGUCAGGAGCAGCCGUACUCCAACCUCACAGACGAGCAAGUCAUCGACAACGCCGGGGAGUUCUUCAGAGACCAGGGCAGACAGGUGUAUCUGAGCAGACCGGCUGUGUGUCCUCAGGGUCUCUACGAGCUCAUGUUGAGCUGCUGGAGCAGAGACUGCAAACUCCGCCCGUCCUUCAUCGACAUCCACUCCUUUCUCACCGAGGACGCCAUGAACAUGGUGUAGAGAGAGAAACUACAGAGGGGUCUGGUUUAUGCCUCCUCGCUACAAUGGGAAGGUGUGGUGGAGGUGCUGCUGCUGCACGGCAGAUGAGAAGGGGAAGGGGGGGGGGAGUGGGUUGCUCGCUUUUAUACUUUUCUUUGGGUGGAUGGGGCUGAGAAGCCGCUGGUUCGGUUUAUUUCCACAUCAGACCCCGAAGCCCAAAUGCAAAACUAACCCCAGCUUUAGAAACGAUGUGAGCUACAUUUCACGGGUGGUGGGUGCAGUCUGCUUAGGGACUUCUUUCUCUCUUCUCAGAGACUUUAACAUGUGAGGAGGGUUUGUGUGACUAAAUGACACAAAACUACGACCAUAGCAAGCUAGUAUAUGAACAAUCGUUCAGUUUCAUGACCUUUAUUUACCGUCUACAUGCAGGGUAACUAAAUGUGCACGUGACACACAAACGUCCCACGAACAGAACACCGAUCAUGAAGGUGCAUGCACAGGGAUCGUCUUAGUAUCUGUAGUAUGUACUGUGAGAUCACGCCAUUGUUUUCAGGCCAUCUGAAGAUGAUUAUCUAUGAAAAGGUUCAGACGUGGCUGAAGAGAUGAGAUCUCAUCGUGUUUGUUGAGCCUGCAACAAUCCUCCAUCCCAACAGAAGUGACGCACGUCCUCAGCUGUGUGAACGGAUGACAGCAGCAGCCCCCGUUCUACAAAGUGAUUACGUCACAUUGUAGUCAAAACGUCCCAGCGAGGAGAACUGUAUCCCUGGGGCCAGAAGAGGAGGGUCUGCUGCUGCCGAUGACAAAUUAAAAAUGUUUUUUCCAAGCAGAGAGAGAGACGAUCCUGCCAGCCGGGCAGCGGGCGGGACAUCUUCAAAUGCGCCUGCUCAGGUGUUUUUUGGCAAUUUGUUUUGUAUCUGGCUGCGACCCAGACACAAAGGAUAGAUUUAAAAUUCCACAACCAGCUGCACUUUAAAUCCUACAUGCAUAUCCCUGGCCGCGAUGAAACUCUUCUCUCCGAGGGGGCCUGAUGAUUCCAGUCCGUGUGGAUUCUAAUGCAUCUCACCCGCAGUGAUUUCUCCAAGGGAGAUUAAAAUUCAGGACGGUCUGUCUUGUUAAAUCCUCCCCCCUACAAGGCAUCGCCAAACCACGAGAUGUAAAAUAUUAUUUAAUAAGAAAGAAAAUGGAAUGGCACCAACGAUUCAUCUCAUUUUAAAAUGUAUGACCUUUUUGUUUACUCAUCGAAUAAUCAAUCUUUGCUCAACCAAAUGCAUUUCUGCGCUCGCAGUUACCGUUCUGCUCAAACGGGGACGUCUGAUCGUCGUGUGAAUGUCGACAUCGACCUCUGCGUUGUCCCGUGUUCGUACAUUAAGCUGCGGUAGAAUCAGCGCUCUCUACCUGACUGAUUGUGACGCACUGUAACGCAGUCCCUCCAGUAACCGUGUUUACUGAUUGUGAAUGGUUGUGCCAUUUGAGUCAUUUUUGAUACACUGUAGUUCAACUAAACCCAUAUUUUUAUAUAUUCUGUACGUACGUAGACACUCCUUGAUGUCUAAUUUUGUCCUUGUUGUGUCUUCGAGGUUGAGCAUAAUAGUAUGUACAUAUUUUAAGGACAGAAUUGUAAUUUCCUUUUACUAAUAUAUGGAAAGCUCUUUGUUACAUUUGGGGUCUUCUGUAUCUGUAGAAUGCUUGCUGCAUUGAUGCCAUUGUAUUUCAUCCUUGUCUAUUUUUGUAGAUGUUUUAAUAAAGUUAACCUUUUCAAAUAAAUCAAGAUGUGCUCGAG